AGUUUCGCGCUAGCGACGAAGGAGAAUAGAGUGAAACCUAUUACGCAGAAUUCCAAAGCUCCUCUUGUACGCGGAAACAUAAACGUAAAGAUUUUUUAAAAAUAUAUACCAUAAAACGAUAUCAAUUAAUACAAUUUUUUCUGUGCAACGGGAAAAUUAUUGUUUAACUAGUGCUUCGCAAAUUCGUGAUAUGACGAAAAUUUUGAUAGAAAUAAAUGUACCUAGUGCUAUCCCCUGAAAACAAAAUAAUUUGUUUAUUUUUGUAUAUCACAAAAAACUUUUUACCACAGUUAUGGUUGCAACAAAUUUAAAAAAAAAACUCCAUAUUACUGAACAAAGGAAUAAAACCCUUUUCCAAUACGGUGCCAGACGACCUUCUUUCUUAAUAAAAAUUUUCGAGAGGGUGCUGGAGGGAGAUAAUAUUUUCAUGGAAUGAAUGCACACUUUUUGUUCGUGAAAGUUUCUGCAUAGUUAACCUCUACGCAUUGGAAUCGAUAGUCUCUUCAAAUUGUCGUCGCAAUGGGAUUAAUUCGAUUGAAAGAAGAGCUUCUUCAACGUCCUAUGUACAUCGGUGGGAUUUGGAUAAUGAAUUAUACUUCAAACUCUUAUGUAGAAGUUGAAAAUUCGACAAACGACCGUGAUGAAAAAUUAGCCAGACUUGAAGUAGCAACCCUUGCGAUUAUUUUUCUUAUAACAGUGAUAGGAAACAGUAUAGUGUUACUAGCAUUAUGGAUAAGAAGAAGAUACACUGGAAGAAAAAAGUUAUCGAGAAUGUAUUUCUUUAUACUACACUUAAGCAUUGCCGAUCUAAUUACUGCAUUUCUAAGCGACUUGCCUCAACUCAGUUGGGAUGUUACUUAUAGAUUUAAAGGAGGAUCUUUUAUGUGCAAACUUGUGAAAUACGGACAAACCUUGGGACCCUAUCUUAGCUCGUAUGUAUUGAUGGCAACAGCUCUUGACAGGCACCAGGCUAUUUGCUACCCGUUGACCUACUGCUCUUGGACAUCUAGAAGAUCGAAGAUAAUGGUUUAUGCAGCAUGGGUUGUGAGUUUAACUUUCUGUAUUCCGCAGGUGACCAUAUUUUCCUUCAUCGAGGUCACACCAGACGUUUAUGAUUGCUGGGCAACAUUUCAACAAAAAUGGGGAGAAAGCACAUAUGUCAUUUGGUACAGCGUAUCCAUAUUCAUCAUUCCUCUGAUAGUUCUAGUUUAUACAUACAGCUGCAUUUGUAAAGAAAUAUGGCAAAAUUCUGAGUCCAGUUUAAGACCCUACAACAGUUACAAAACGACCACUCGCAAAAGAAAACCAUUAAUUUCCAGAGCAAAAAUAAAUACUGUGAAACAAACAAUUGCAGUUAUUGUUAUGUAUAUAAUCUGCUCAACGCCCUUUAUUGUUGGACAGCUCUGGGCUAUUAGUGAUCCCAAUAAUCCAUUUUUGGAUGGUCCUGUAUUCACAAUACUCAUGCUAUUAUAUAGUCUAAAUAGCUGUGUUAAUCCAUGGAUAUACUUGGCCUUCAAUAAAGAGCUUCCAAGAAUGCUACUCAAACAUUAUACCACUACUAGAAAAAAAUAUAGAGCAGCGGGCUCAGAGCAAACCCCAAGCAACUCUUCCGGUGAAAUCCAGACAUCGGUACUACCAUUUUCGAGAUGGUCCCGGGUGAACAAUAGUGAACGAGUCGUGAAGUUAUCUGGUCGCUCCCUAAACCAUCGUUCCAAUUAUGGUCAAUACGUCGGCCGACAAUCGAUGGUGACAACGACCACAUGAUACGAAGAGAACGAUGGAAGUUUUUUCCGUCGAAAGAAAUGGUUUCAACAGUCAAUCUCUGAAGAAAUUAUAGAAAUUAGAUCAGUAGUAGAUGGUGAUAUUUCGGGAUUCUUGUUAAUGGAAUUAUCAGACCUCACCUAAAAGUUAUCAUAGAAUUUGUGAUAUGAAAUUAUAGGUUUUUUUAUUCUAUGAUAAAAAUUGUAAUAUAUUGUGAUUUUCUUA